UUAACAAUAACUGUAUUUACCUAUUUCUUUAUAACAGUAAAUUUUUAGUUUUGGAUGAAUAUGUAGAGUCUGAUAUAAAAUUUGAAGAGGAUGUUCAAAACCAAGAAGCUCUUUACCAAAACCCUUCGUUGAAUCUAUCAAAAUCUGAUAAUCUAUCUACCUCGUCAGUAAUGAACGAUGAAGGCAAUUGCCCAUAUGCAAAUUUACCAGCCCAACAAGUAAAUACUUGCGAAAAAAAUGGACCAUUAAUAAAAAAAGAAAAAUUCCUAUUUCUUGAACACCACAAAAAGAUAUUUGCUGCAGUCCAAGAAUCGUUUUUUCUUAUUUACUUGAGUGAAAAAGACGUUAAGCCAAUUCGAACAAUUGACUUGACCAAAUACGAAGUCAGAAUUCAAAAUAACGGCAAAAAUAGUAAAAAAAAGUCUGCAAUUUUUGAAUUUGUCCGCCUGAAUAAAAAAUCGUAUCAGUUUAUUGCCCAAUCUGAUGAAGAAGCAAAUGAAUGGUGUAAAGCAAUAAGCAGCAAAACUUCAAAAACUACCGAAAAUACGUUUAAACCCGCGACUGUGCUUCUUAAAAGAAAUCUUCCACCUUUGCCCAAAAUUAAAAAUAAACUCGAAGCAAAUACUUAUGAAAUUGUUGAUAUCGAUGUAGAUUAUACCGAGAUAGAAAGGUAAUGUUGAAAAUUAUAUUGGAUUAUUAGUUAAAAAAAUCAAAUUUAGAAUCGCUAGUAAAUAAAAUCUUUCAAUGUUCCUUAAACAAGUUAUAUGUACAAUGUAGCUACUUAUACAUAUGUUAGUCUGAGUUAUCUACAAUUAUUGCUUCAUUUAUCACUGUAAUAAACAAAGCUACCUUUCUUUAGUGAGUACAAAUAUAAAUUAUUACAUAAAAGUAAAUAUUUAACGUUAA